GAUGGCCGAGCUGGGCAGCAAAGGGGUCACCGCCGGGAAAAUCGCCAGCAACGUCCAGAAGAAGCUGACCCGGGCGCAGGAGAAGGUCCUUCAGAAGCUUGGGAAAGCAGAUGAAACAAAAGAUGAGCAGUUUGAACAGUGCGUGCAGAACUUCAACAAACAGCUGUCUGAAGGCACGAGGCUGCAGAAGGACCUCCGAACUUACCUGGCUUCUGUAAAAGCUAUGCAUGAGGCCUCCAAGAAGCUGACAGAGUGUUUGCAGGAAGUUUAUGAGCCAGACUGGCCUGGGAGAGAUGACACAAAUAAAAUAGCAGAGAACAACGAUCUCCUCUGGACGGAUUUCCAUCAGAAGCUGGUGGAUCAGGCACUUCUGACCAUGGAUACAUACCUUGGCCAAUUUCCAGAUAUUAAAUCUCGUAUAGCGAAGCGAGGAAGGAAGCUUGUGGAUUACGACAGUGCAAGGCACCACUUUGAAGCUCUGCAAACUGCAAAGAAGAAGGAUGAAACCAAAAUAGCAAAGGCUGAAGAAGAGUUAGUAAAGGCUCAGAAGGUGUUUGAAGAGAUGAACGUUGAUCUGCAGGAGGAGCUGCCUUCACUAUGGAACAGUCGUGUUGGUUUCUACGUCAACACAUUCCAGAGUAUAGCAGGCCUAGAAGAGAACUUUCAUAAAGAAAUGAGCAAGCUGAACCAAAAUCUCCAUGAUGUCCUGCUGGGUCUAGACAAGCAGUACUCAGGCAAUGCCUUGCCCGUUAAAGCACAGCCCAGUGACAGCACCCCAGCGAAAGCAAAUAAAAGCCCCUCGCCUCCACCAGAUGGAUCUCCCAUCACCAGCCCUGAGACCAAGACUGUCAACCAUGAGCUGGAACCGUCCACUUUGGAAGCACCGGGGGCCAGCAUCCCAAAGUCACCAUCUCAGCCUGCAGAAGCAGCCCAUGCAGGAACUGAAGGAGCUGGAUCAGAAGCAGCAGCUGGAGCUGAAGCUUCUAAAACUGACACCGAUUCAGGAUCGAGCUCUCUGCCUGCUGUUGUUGUGGAAACUUUCCCUGCUACUGUCAAUGGCACGGUGGAAGGAGCUGCUUCAUCUGAAAGAGCUGAUAUGCCCCCAGGAUUUCUGUUCAAGGUCCAGGCCAUGCAUGAUUACACGGCCACUGACAGCGAUGAGCUACAGCUGAAGGCUGGGGAUGUGGUGCUUGUGAUUCCAUUUGAGAACCCUGAGGAGCAGGACGAAGGAUGGCUGAUGGGUGUGAAGGAGUCUGACUGGAUCCAGCGUAAGGAACUUGACCAAUGCCGAGGGGUUUUCCCUGAGAAUUUCACUGAGCGGGUGCAGUGAAGGCCCAAGGCCACCAGCCGCGUUUCUGCUGGAAGAAAGCAAGUUUUCUGCUAGAUAUUGGAAAAGAGCAGCAAAAUGAAAAGAAGAGAGAAUUUUAAAGGAAGAGAAGCCUGAAAAAAAGAGUCAGCUUAAAGGAUGUGUUCUUCUCAAAGGACAAGGUUUCAGAAGUAAAUUGAAAUUCAAGGUGUUAUCAAAAUGUAUACAUAUUAAUAAUAAUAAUAAGGCAAGUCAAAUACCCUCUUUCCCUUUUGGUUUUAACAGCAUUUGGAUGCAGACAACUGAUGCGAAAGCAGCUUGGUGUGGUUCUCUAAAUACUGCACUCAGUGAAUUGGUGAGAUGGUUCUGGUCAGUCUGAUCCCUGCAAAGGCAGUAUUUGCCUAACGGCUUGAGAGCAGAAGCUGCAUUUGCUCUUGGGUGGGUUCAUCUGUUUUGUCUUGAAGGUGGCUUGCAUGGCAACCGUAAAAAUUCAGCCUUCCCUACAUGUUCAACCUACAGUAGGCCAAACUUUCUGUUAUGCUGUUGAAAAAAAAUACUUAGUGUAUAGUGUUCACCAAUAUAAUAUGUGUGUGUGUGUGUGUAUUUUAUUUUCUUCCUUUAAAACAACGUUACACAAACUGAUUUUGUACAUGUAAAAACAGAAGAAAAACCUACAUGGAAAGGGCAUAGAGAAGAUGAGAAGUGUGAAGCUGUGCUCAGUCCAAAGUUCUUUCAAAUGCAGACACCUAAAUGCUCACAGUGGUAUUGGCCUGUGAACUGCUAAGGGGAAUGGGCAAAUUCAAGAGGAGAAACAACACAAAACAAGUGGAUGCCAUUAAGAUGGCUCUGAAAUUUAGAAGAGGGAAUCCUCUGCCCCCGAAACCAUGUAGGUGUUUUCAGAAAAGUUUAGAUUCGUGUAGAGAGAAGAUCACUUUAAAAUCUGGCUGGUUGGAAAAUUUGCUUUUAAAGAAAGUGAUAAGGGAAGAAAACAUUCUUUCUGAAAAAAGAAAAAACACUGAGGAAAAACCAAUUUGCUUUCUGUGUUCUUAAUUGGCUUUGGUAUUUGUGGAAUUGUAUUUCUUAUUUUCCUUUUGAAGAGUUCUGUAAGUGAAAUAUUGUUAGAUCAGCUUUCUCCAGUGUUGUGCUGGUGAUCAAGUUAACGUCUAUGAAAACUGGACUCUUGUAAUGCUCGUUUAAAGGGGCUGCGUGUCUUCAUGAUAUCUCAGUGCAUUAGAAAGGAAGGCAAGAAUAUCAAAGUGUCAGUGUCAAGAAGACACUCUGCAGUCUAAUACUGAUGCUGAGACCUUUCCUAUAACUUUCCUUUGCUCCUGUUUAUUUUUGAGUUUUGCUUUUUAGUUUAAACAAGCAGAUGACAAAGCUGUUUCAAAGUGUGUGUUACACGUGUUAAAAUAAGCUGGUCUGACCCUCCGAGACUCUAAAGUCCCACAAAGGUACUUUAAACUUUACUUGAAUACUGAUGCAGCUGGCAAGCAGGUCAGGCUAUUAUUUUUUAUGGCU